UCCCACCUGUAAUCCUAGCACUUUGGGAGGUUGAGGCCAGAGGAUUGCUUAAGCCUAAGAGUUUGAGACCAGCCUGGGCAACAUAGUGAGACCCUGUCUCCCCCCAAAAAAUAAAAAUUAGCCAGGCAUGGUGGUACGUGCUUGUAAUGCCAGCUACUCAGGAGGCUGAGCUCAAAAGGUCAAGGCUGCAGUGAGCUAUGACAUGACUGCACUCCAGCCUAGGUGGCAGAAUGAGACCUUGUCUCUAAAAAAAAUUGCUUAGGAGAAAAGAAUGUUUGAUUUACCCUUUGGGGACAACCUUCUGUUGUCACUGAUCACUAAGAUUUUAUCUCCACCAAGAUGAGGUUCCAUUACUGAAUAUCCCCUUUUUAUGCACAGCCCUGGAUGCGGCCGUUAAGAUAUGAAGGGAUCGGGGCUGAGGACGGCUGCAUCCUUGUCUGUCGAAGAGGCUUACAGAGUUGAGAGAGAGAGAUUUCCUUGAAAUGCACCAAGUGUGACAACAUAUCAAUAGACAUUCGCAAUUGACAGAACAAUCUCACCUGGAUUAUUUUCUUCCUCAUGAGAGCCUUGAGAAGCAGGAUUUGGUGCCCUAGGAGGACCUGUCUCCAGAAGCCCCUCCGAGUUGCACUUCUGACUGUCAGCAUCAAUAAGGCCAUUAAUACGCAGGAAGUGGCUGUAAAGGAAAAACACGCCAGAACGUGCAUACUGGGCACCCACCAUGAGAAAGGGGCACAGACCUUUUGGUCUGUCGUCAAUCGCCUGCCUCUGUCUAGCAACGCAGUGCUCUGCUGGAAGUUCUGCCAUGUGUUCCACAAACUCCUCCGAGAUGGACACCCGAACGUCCUGAAGGACUCUCUGAGAUACAGAAAUGAACUGAGUGACAUGAGCAGGAUGUGGGGCCACCUGAGUGAGGGGUACGGCCAGCUGUGCAGCAUCUACCUGAAACUGCUGAGAACGAAGAUGGAGUACCACACCAAAAAUCCCAGGUUCCCAGGCAACCUGCAGAUGAGUGACCGACAGCUGGAUGAGGCUGGAGAGAGUGACGUGAACAACUUUUUCCAGUUAACAGUGGAGAUGUUUGACUAUCUGGAGUGUGAACUCAGCCUCUUCCAAACGGUGUUCAACUCCUUGGACAUGUCCCGCUCUGUGUCCGUGACGACAGCAGGGCAGUGCCGUCUUGCCCCGCUGAUCCAGGUCAUAUUGGACUGCAGCCACCUUUAUGACUACACUGUCAAGCUUCUCUUCAAACUCCACUCCUGCCUCCCUGCUGACACCCUGCAAGGCCACCGGGACCGCUUCAUGGAGCAGUUUACGAAGUUGAAAGAUCUCUUCUACCGCUCCAGUAACCUGCAGUACUUCAAGCGGCUGAUUCAGAUCCCCCAGCUGCCUGAGAACCCACCCAACUUCCUGCGAGCCUCAGCCCUGUCAGAGCACAUCAGCCCUGUGGUGGUGAUCCCGGCGGAGGCCUCGUCCCCCGACAGCGAGCCAGUGCUCGAGAAGGAUGACCUCAUGGACAUGGACGCCUCUCAGCAGAAUUUAUUUGACAACAAGUUUGAUGACAUCUUUGGCAGCUCAUUCAGCAGCGACCCCUUCAAUUUCAACAGUCAAAACGGCGUGAACAAGGACGAGAAGGACCACUUAAUCGAGCGACUAUACAGAGAGAUCAGUGGACUGAAGGCACAGCUAGAAAACAUGAAGACUGAGAGCCAGCGAGUCGUGCUGCAGCUGAAGGGCCGCAUCAGCGAGCUGGAAGCAGAGCUAGCCGAGCAGCAGCACCUGCGGCAGCAGGCGGCCGACGACUGUGAGUUCCUGCGGGCAGAACUGGACGAGCUCCGGAGGCAGCGGGAGGACACCGAGAAGGCUCAGCGGAGCUUGUCUGAGAUAGAAAGGAAAGCGCAGGCCAAUGAACAGCGGUAUAGCAAGCUAAAGGAGAAGUACAGCGAGCUGGUUCAGAACCACGCUGACCUGCUACGGAAGAAUGCGGAGGUGACCAAACAGGUGUCCGUGGCCAGACAAGCCCAGGUAGAUCUGGAACGAGAAAAAAAAGAGCUGGAGGACUCAUUGGAGCGCAUUGGUGACCAGGGCCAGCGGAAGACUCAAGAACAGCUGGAAGUUCUAGAGAGCUUGAAGCAAGAACUUGCCACAAGCCAGCAGGAGCUCCAGGUUCUCCAAGGCAGCCUGGAAACGUCUGCCCAGUCAGAAGCAAACUGGGCAGCCCAGAUCACCGAGCUAGAGAAGGAGCGGGACAGCCUGGUGAGUGGCGCAGCUCACAGGGAGGAGGAAUUAUCUGCUCUUCGGAAAGAACUGCAGGACACCCAGCUCAAACUGGCCAGCACAGAGGAAUCUAUGUGCCAGCUUGUGAAAGACCAACGAAAAAGGCUUCUGGUGGGGUCCAGGAAGGCUGCGGAGCAGGUGAUACAAGACGCCCUGAACCAGCUUGAAGAACCCCCUCUCAUCAGCUGCGCCGGGUCUGCAGAUCAUCUCCUCUCUGCUGUCACAUCCAUUUCCAGCUGCAUUGAGCAACUGGAGAAAAGCUGGAGCCAGUAUCUGGCCUGCCCAGAAGACCUCAGUGCACUUCUCCAUUCCAUAACCCUACUGGCGCACUUGAGCAGCGAUGCCAUCACUCACGGUGCCACCACCAGCCUCAGAGCCCCACCUGAGCCUGCUGACUCACUGACCGAGGCCUGUAAGCAGUACGGCAGGGAAACCCUCACCUACCUGGCCUCCCUGGAAGAAGAGGGAACCCUUGAGAAUGCUGACAGCACCGCCAUGAGGAACUGCCUGAGCAAGAUCAAGGCCAUUGGCGAGGAACUCCUGCCCAGGGGCUUGGACAUCAAGCAGGAGGAGCUGGGGGACCUGGUGGACAAAGAGAUGGCGGCCACUUCAGCUGCUAUUGAAACCGCCACAGCCAGAAUAGAGGAGAUGCUCAGCAAAUCCCGAGCAGGAGACACAGGAGUCAAAUUGGAGGUGAACGAAAGGAUUCUAGGGAGCUGUACAGGCCUCAUGCAAGCUAUUCAGGUCCUGAUCGUGGCCUCUAAGGACCUCCAAAGGGAGAUCGUGGAGAGCGGCAGGGGUACAGCAUCCCCUAAAGAGUUUUAUGCCAAGAACUCUCGGUGGACAGAAGGACUCAUCUCAGCCUCCAAGGCUGUGGGCUGGGGAGCCACUGUCAUGGUGGAUGCAGCUGAUCUGGUGGUACAAGGCAAAGGGAAAUUUGAGGAGCUAAUGGUGUGUUCACAUGAAAUUGCCGCUAGCACAGCCCAGCUUGUGGCUGCAUCCAAGGUGAAAGCUGAUAAGGACAGCCCCAACCUAGCCCAGCUGCAGCAGGCCUCUCGGGGAGUGAACCAGGCCACUGCCAGCGUUGUGGCCUCAACCAUCUCCGGCAAAUCACAGAUCGAGGAGACAGACAACAUGGACUUCUCAAGCAUGACGCUGACACAGAUCAAACGCCAAGAGAUGGAUUCCCAGGUUAGGGUGCUAGAGCUAGAAAAUGAAUUACAGAAGGAGCGUCAAAAACUGGGAGAGCUUCGGAAAAAGCACUAUGAGCUUGCCGGUGUUGCUGAGGGCUGGGAAGAAGGAACAGAAGCAUCUCCACCGACAUUGCAAGAAGCGGUAACCGAAAAAGAAUAGAGCCAAACCAACAUGCAAUAUGUCAGUGUAAAUCCUUGUUACCCAUCUCUGUGUGUGUUAUUUCCCCAGCCACAGGCCAAAUCCUUGAAGUCCCAGGGGCAGCCACACCACUGCCAUUACCCAGUGCCGUGGACCUGCAUGACUCUUCCAAAGACUCCCUCCAUAGCGACACUCUUUCUGUUUGGGCCCAUGGUCAUCGCUGUUCUUUCCCCACCUCCCUAAUUAGCAUCCAGGCUGGCCAGUGCUGCCCAUGAGCAAGCCAAGGUCCAAAGAGGGGUGGUGGGGGGCAGGGCCACUCAACAGAGAGGACCUCCAUCCAGUCCUGCCGACUGCUUGACCCCCACACGAUGGGUAUCCUUAAGAGAGGGCUGCUUGCUGUUUGUUGACAGCUUGGAGAGGGAAGAGCUUAUGCUUCUUUUUUUCUGUUUUCUUCUCAGUCUUUUCAGUUUCAUCAUUUACACAAACUUGUGAGCAUCAGAGGGCUGACGGAUUCCAAACCAGGACACUACCCUGAAAUCUGCACAGUCAGAGGGACAGCAGGAGUGUCCUGGCUGUGAAUGCCAAGGCCAUUCUCCCCCUCUUUGAGCAGUGCCAUGGAUUUCCACUGCUUCUUACAGUGGCUGGUUGGGUAUUUUGGUGGUUUUUUUUCUUUUUAAGUUUCACUCACAUAGCCAACUCUCCCAAAGGGCACACCCCUGGGGCUGAGUCUCCGGGGCCCCCAACCGUGGCAGCUCCGGCGAUGGUGCUGCCCAGGCCUCUCCUUGGUGCUCCACCUCCGCCUCCACGCUGAACAGGUGCUGGCCCACCUAGGCCACGCUUCAGGGUCAGGCGGAGCUGCUGAGUGACAGCUUUCUUCAAAAGGCAGAAGCAGAGCGAGUGCCUUUCCCUCCUAAAGCUGAACCCCGGCAGAAAGCCUCUGUCCACCUUCACAAGGGAGAGGACAACAGAAAGAGGGACAAGAGGGUGUGCUACAGCCCAGGUCUUCACAGGACACAUUUCUUAGGAGUUCCCGAGACCAGGCUCAAAAACCUUUAUCACAUGCUUGAACAGAGCUGGUGAGAUCAGCAACACUACUUCCCCCGGAAUGAACUGUGAAUGGUCUGUAUCAUGUGGGCCAUCUCCCUUGGCCCAGAGACGGAGCAUGGGAGCGAUCCCCAACUCCUUUCUGCAGAUGCCUGCCUUGGCAUCCUCUUGAUUCGGAAGAUCAUUUCACCUUCUACGCAAUUGACAAACCCGGAAGAUCAGGUGCAAUUGCUCCCAUCAGGAAAGAACCCUAUACUUGGUUUGCUACCCUGAGUGUUUAUUACUAACCUCCUUAGACAGCAGCAGCCUACGGAGACAUGCUUGGAGCAAUCAGGACUUUAGGUGUGACGACGGCAAGGCUCAUCUUUCUGCCCGGCUACAUCAGCCUUCAAGAAUCAGAAGCGAGGCCAAGGUGCUGGACCGUUACUGACUCGGAUCCCACAGCAAGGAGAUCGUUCAGAGCUCUGGGGUCCGAGAAAAUGAGAAAGGAGGGAACCAGGGGCUCUAACUCCCAUCAGCCACAUGCCCCAGGCUCUCGCUGCCCUGUGGACAGGAUGAGGACAGAGGGCACAUGAACAGCUUGCUAGGGGUAGACAGCCCAAUGGCACUUUUCCUCUUCUGGAUGGACCCCAGCAUUUAAGUGACCUUCUGAUCCUGGAAAACACAGCGUCUUCCUUCCUUAUCUCUAGCAGCUCAUUGGUGGAAGCCAUCAGGCACUUCCCAGGAUCUGCCCCAACGGAACACUGCUAGGUUUUGCUACAUGACGGGUCGUGAGACUUCUAUCUGAUCACUGUGAACCAACCCCCCUCUCCCUAACCCGCCCCCUUCCCCAACUCCCUCUCUGUGCAUUUUCUAAGUGGGACAUUCAAAAAAUACUCUCCCAGGACCUCCGCUGACCAUACUCAGACGUGUGACCUCCAUACUAGGCUGAGGAAGUGUCGGCAGCAGAGAUUGGGCAGUAUUAUGUUCAGUGCUGCUUCUGCCUAGUAUUUUUUUGUUUCAAGGCUCAGAAGGAAUGGUGCGUAAGCAUCCCUGUCCCAGUUGCGGCAACUAACCCAAUCAGUGUAUUCUCGAUAUGGGUCAGUAUUCCCAAAAGUGGCUUAUCCUCACUUCUAGAUCUCAGCCAUUCCAACUCAUAUGUUCCAAAUUACCAGUGGGGCAAACAUUCUAAUAUAUUGGAUCAAAUUAAGAUUCUCUGCCCAGCAAGGCGCAGUGGCUCAUGCCUGUAAUCCCAGCACUUUGGAGGCCAAGGUGGGAGGAUUGCUUGAGCUCAGGAGUUUGAGACCAGCCUGGGCAUCAUAGCAAGACCUCGUCUCUACUAAGAUUAAAACAAAAAAAAAAUUAGCUGGGCAUGAUGGUGUAUGCCUGUAGUCUCAGCUAGUUGGGAAGCCAAAGCAAGAGAAUUGCUUGAGUUUGGGAAGUCUAGGCUGCAGUGAGCCCUGAUUGUGCUUCUGUCUCAAAAAAAAAAAAAAAAAAAAAGAUUCCCUGCCUGAGCCCCACCCAGAAGUUUGAGGCUGCAGUGAGCCAUGAUUGCACCACUGCACUCCAGCUUAAGUGACAGGGCAAGACUCCAUCUCUUUAAAAAGAAAAAAUUCUCUGAAUAAUAGUCUUUCUAAAAAGAAGCCACAGAAAUGUUUAAAACCUUAUCAACUUAGCCUGAGUCAUGAUGGUUAAGAAGGCACUUAAACGGAAGUGCACUGAAUCAGAAGCUAAUUCAGUGUCACAUGAGAAGUACCUGUCAGAUGUCACAUAAUUACUUUUGUAAUAGCUCAGAACAGCUACCCCAUUCUCUAGACAAAAUCAAAUUGUCCUAUUGUGACUCUUCUAAAAAUGAAGCUGAAGUAUUUGAUGACACACCUUGGAUUAAAACGGGAAUCACAUCUUAAAGCUAACAAUGAACCUGCCAGCCUUUAAAUGAGUCACUGAGCAUCACUAGUGAAAGUCUUGGGUAAGUGUAAAUGGGUCACAACAAGAUGGGACAGCAACAAAAUAAUGGCUUGGGAUCGACAAGAAGUUGAAAAACAGCUGCAUCUAUUACUUAAGUUUGUAAUCCAGUGCCCUGAGACCUCUAGAGAAAAGAUGUUUGUUUACAUCAUAAGAGAAAGAGGCCGGACGAGAUGGCUCAUGCCUAUAAUCCCAGCACUUUAGGAGGCUGAAGCAGGUGGAUCCCCCGAGGUCAGCAGUUCACGGCUAGCCUGGCCAAAACGGUGAAAACCCAUCUCUACUAAAAAUAGAAAAAUUAGCUGGGCAUGGUGGCGGGCACCUAUAAUCCCAGCCACUUGGGAGGCUGAGGCAGGAGAAUCGCUUGAACCCUGAGGGCCAGAGGUUUCAGUGAGCCGAGAUCACGCCACUGCACUCCAGCCUGGGUGACAGUGAGACUCAAUCUCAAAAAAAAAAAGAAAGAAAGAAAGAAAUAGAAGAGCCACUUUGGCAGGGUUAUUUUAUAUCUGAGGAAGGAGUUUAAAUGAGACUAGUUUCGAUUAUUUGCUGAUGUGGCCGUCCAUAGCAGUAUCCCCCAAAUCCCACCGGAAUACGGGUCCCUUAACCCAGUGGCUGGAAGAACCACCGUCUAGAGCAUCUUUUCUUGGAACCAUCCCAGCUACCAAGUCAGAAAGCAAGGUUUAUGCCACCAGGUAACACGGGGAUCACAUAUACAUGUCGCUCCAGUCAGAUUAGUUGGCUUUGGUCUCUCAACCCGGCAGAGGAGCUAGUUCUCAGCUUGCAGCUGGGAGGUUCUCUCUUAGCUCCUCAGUCUAGAGGGGUCUCCUGGCUCCGCUUGACUGUGGUCUUUAAUAACCAGUCAGUAUCUUGCUGCCUUCCACCACCUUUCCAGAUCUCUGGAAAUCCUGUAAGUGAAAGCCGUCAGUUCCAACAUUGGCUUUCCAAGCAAACUGGCUUUGCUCUCUCUCUGCCAUCCUUGUCCUCCAGAAACUGCACCACGUGUAGCAUAGAAAACCACCACCGCGGACCUGCCAGCCAUCGCCGCAGCAAACCAGGCCAGCUGUUUGCUGUCAAAUUCCUUCCUCCCCCAGGUCCAGGCCAAAUACAGGAUCAGCACCAUCCCAUGGUGUUGUCAGGAGCCAAAGCCAAAAGAAACUAUUCCAAUCCCGUUGGGUUCGAUUCUGAGAGUAGAUUUUUCCAGACAUGUCUUUCAGGUGACCCUCAACUACCUCAGGUUUGAAGGCCCUAAAUGAAACUGAUUACCACGCAUAGGGGCAAACCGAGGGGGUUCGGUUACAUCUUGGUGACAACGCAAUUGUCUCAAACUUAGAACAAACUCUUUCACACUUCGGAUUGCAGGGAUAGGGUUGGGUUUGUUUUUCUUCUGUUUAUAACCUUUCCCCCAGUUUUCCAUUAGGGUAGUUCCUUGAAAUGAAUUUCACUUUUCACUGAGUGCCUACCUUCCCAGGGCAGGUGACCACUGGCUUCUAUUCCCUCCAACAAUACUUUUAUUAUGGUGUUAAGACCUUUCUUUGUAUAAUACAUUGCAUCGGUGUUUUCAAUUUUUCAAAUAAAUAUUUCCGCCUGGCAA